AUGGCCGUGGGUAUGCAUAUUGCAACACGAUGUAUUCAAAAAAUUGUGACGCUAUCAAACCGUUAUCAGUGCAUGAAGGUAACCGAUUCAUGGACGUGUCCACCUUGUUUACGUAGAGAACAUCGCGGUCAGAGUACCUCUUCUGACGAAGUUCAGGCAGCAACGACACGACGCAAUAAAAAAGAUACAGGGCUUUGUGACCGCUGCGUAUCGAAGGGCGAUUUGCAAAAGUAA